AUGGUUUAUUUUGCUGCUGUAGGAAAGUUGUACUGCAAACUCCACUUUGCACAAAGGAAACCCUUAGUGAAGAAUGGGAGGACACAAAUUCUACACACGACGUGUAAUGCCGACUCUCACAACGGGUCCAGCUGGAGUCCAGAGGGACGUGAGCAUCAUCUCCAGGAAGAGUCUCCAGGUAUCCUGUCCUCACUGAAGAGAAGCCUGCGCUGGCCGCUGCAUGUGUGUGCUGUGCCUCGUCGUGUGUUUAACUGGCUGCAUGGUAAAGCGUGGGCCACAGGAGUCCACCUGAGGGAUAAUGCCGAGGAUUACGCCUUCCUGUACGAACUGCUCAGUGUGAGUCUGCCUCUGCUCGCCGUUCUCCAUGAACAGCUCGUCCAAAUGUACGCAGAGGCCAGACCUCUCAAUCUACAGCCUCUGCAGCACUGGCUGGAAGAGCACAUGGGCCACUGGGACUUGGUGUGAGAGAAACAUCAUCAGGUCCCUUUAAAAGGGUUAAUAUGUAGUUGAAAAUGACUGUGGAUAUUUAUUCAAAACUGAAAAACACAUUGAACAACCUUGAGAUGGAAAGUAGCAGAUGUUACUUUUUCAGAGAGUAGAAAUGAAAUGGCCUGGUUUGGAUUGUGCACAAAAUACCAAAGCCUUUCUCAGUUAUAAAGAUUUGAGUAAAGAGAAAAAAAAGUGUCAAACACGGAGUGAACUUUAAGCACUUUAAUGAGUGAGCUGCCUUCAUAUGCACGAUUAAGAGUGACGUUCUGCUUUUAAUUAUUAAUGAACGUUCUUUGUUGAGACUACAAGUUCACAAAACCUGACCGAUCAAGCUGCAAACACGUCUCGUCUACUCUGUUAGCCAUUCAGGAACAUGGAAGUCACAUUCUUCUCGCACGUUUACACUUCUUAUGAAAAACAUACAGCAUGGCUGUUAAAAGGAAUGUUCCGGGUUCAACACAAGCUAAUCUAUUGAUAGCAUCUGUGAAAAAUGUUGUCGACUACCACAAACAAUAACUGCAUUUCAUCCUUCAUAUUGUUAAAACAAACAAGAAUUACAAUGGAAGUCUAUGGAACAAGACA